AUGUGCUGUGUUAAUCUUAUGGAUGUACAAAUGAAGACAAUGAAGCAAGCUCAGUCUUACUGGACUUGUAACUACUCAUUUUCUAUUUUAAAGACAAUUUUUGUGACCCAAAGAUGUUGCAAAGUCAUUACGAAUUGUUUUGAUUUGUAUUCAUCUUUUUUCUAUCUACGUGAACUCGUCAGUGGAGAAGUUCGUGCAUCUCGGAGUCAAGUCUGUCUCAUCUUUGCAGGAAAAUUUCUGAAAGAUGAAUCGCACAAUCAAGAGGGCUUCACAGUGCACCUUGUGAUCAAGAGUAGCCCCUCUGGCUCGGCCCACCCUAACAACACGGCCUGCCUCAGCCACCUCGCACACCUUGCUUGCCACUCCCUAUCUUGCCUCCGCCCCACCACAAGCAGCCACACCAAGCCAAUGCUGCCAAGCCCUUUGCAGGCAUGGGUGGUCUUGGGGAAGCCUGGGACUGGGGAACUGCAGCAGCGCAUGCAGAGGGAGAUGCUGACCCACCCUGAGAUGAUGCGCCAGAUCAUGACAAUCCCUUUGAAUCCUGAUAUAUCGCCAAUGUUGAACCACCCUGAAUGGUUGAACAGACUUAUGGAGCUUGCCCGUAAUCCAGCCAUGUUGCAAGAGCUCAUGAGAUCCCAUGCCGUUCACUCUCCACUUGGAUUCCAUUCCGGUCCGCAAUAUCAGCUGGAAACAAUUCUGAUGCGGCCACAAGCUGGCCGUGAGAACGCGACCCCCUCCCGAACCCCUGGGCUCAAGGACCACCACCUCCCCCCACCUCCACGCCUCCUCCGCCACAACCGACCACCACACCACCAUUACCGCCAAAGUACCAACACCUCCCCUCCCACUACCAUGGGGUCAAAACAAAAUCUGGUUGGAAGGGGUUGCCAUGCAUUUUUCAGUAGCCCCGGCAUGCAAUCACCGAUUCAACAGAUUAUGGAGAACCCUCAGUUGAUGGUCAUCAUGAUCAAUCUCCAUACACACAACUAUGUUUCCGCACUUGCCUGA